CUCUCGCGCGCCUCCCCUCAAACUGAGCUGUGUAAGUUCCUCGUGCUGCUCAUUUCACACAGCGGCAUCUCUCCACGAGCCACUAUGGACGCGGAUAACAACGUGUUGCCUGAUUUGAAGGAUAUCGAGACUAAAAUGGGGCUGAAGGUCCCCGACAGCCUCGUCCGUUCUCUGGCGGGAGGGAAGCAUCACGACAAGCCGCACGAGAGGUCCGCAGCGCCGCGUUCACCGCCCUGCUCUCUGUAUGCGAACAGCGCGGACCUGAAGAGACUGGAGAGCAAAAUGCUGUUCCUCAAACAAGAGAUGGCACAUCUGCGAGCCAUCGACGUGAAGCUGAUGCAGCAGCUCAUGUCAAUCAACGAGGGCAUCGAGUCCAUCCGUUGGAUGAUCGAGGACAAAGGAGGCGUGGCCAGCCAGGAGGGCAGCCUGACAGGUAGCUUGUACAGCCUGUCAGACAGCCAGGACGGCACCUCGCUGCGAGGCAGCUUCAACAGCCUGAGCGACGGGAACAGUGACGGGCUGGACGGUCUGUCCGUGGGCAGUUACUUGGACACUCUUGCAGAGGAUACUCCGGACGACGAUCUCGACUGUUUUGUGGAUAAAACGGUGAUUGAUGGCGAUGCUUUCAGCACAUCGCCUCUGAAACUCAGGGUGGAAGCAGAUGAAUACUACUGCUUUGGAUAAUGAUGAGCAAAACACAGACUACUGAGAUAUUCUGUGAAGCAAGAUUAAAAAAUGUCUUCUUCACUUUGACAAGUUAACACAUCUGUCCGAUUAUUUUUCCCACAUGCUUCACAUUUUCUCGUCACCAAAUGUUACUUUUCACCUUGAAAACAGCUUCUUUACAAACACACCUCAUGAAACUGUUGCCUCUUAAUGUGCAAGAGAAAACUGCGUAACAAUUCUUUAUGUCUUAUAUUUUAUUGUGCAGGUCAAUUCACUUAACAAGGUGCUCUAUUAUGAUUUAAAGAUUGUAUUUAUUGUGGACUUAUCCAUUACCUCAGCAGUUUAUUUUCAGUUAGAAGACUAAAAUGACUGAAGAUGGGAGGAUUAAAAGUAGCAGCUGAACUGCAAAUGUCCUUUUUAAUCUGUGUAAAUUCCACGUUAUGUUAGGUCAAGCACCAUCCGCUGAUCUCACUGAAGGAGUAGAUUAGGAUUUAGCAGCCAUUUGGAAAAUUGGACAUUUCAUGCUGAGGGAUUCAGGUGGGUAAAGCGUUUAAAGAGGUAAAUUGAAGUGUUUAAGCAGCAAGUGCAAUUUGCUUCCAUGCCAAAUUCUGAGCACCACCUACUAUAAAUGUUAAGCUUUUAAUUAUAUUUACUUAAAUGCUUUGACUGAUGGGAGUUCACACUAACUCCAGAGAUUAGAGCUUGUCCAAAGCACAGAUGCUUGACUGAAACCAUUUGAUAGUCUUAAAGACGAUUGAUACGCUCAUAUGGGAAACACGUGUGUAUUCUCUGCCAGCUUCACAUUGCUGUACGUAACUUUGUUGUGUCAGCUUUAAACUCUUUAUUUGUUUUUGUAUUUGUUUUUUUCAGCCUGCAUUUGAAAGAAACUGUUUUUAUUGAUUGCUGUUAAUUUUGUUGUGGAAAUGAAAUAAUAUAUUGUGAUUUUCCUCUCACGUUGUGUAAUUUAAUACAAAAAAAGAAAAUC